AUGAGCUCGACUCGCAGCCCCUCGCCAAGCGGCACCGAACGCUCCUCUGCUACCGACACUUCGUCCGAUGCAACCAGCAUCGUUGAAUCCAUCUCAAAUCUUCACACCGACGACGACACCAUCGUGCGCGAACAAACCAUUCAAGACGUACUCAACGGUUCUCGCAUCCUCGUCACCGGUGCUGCUGGCUUUGUCGGAGCUGCUCUCCUCCAUCGACUGCUGACCGACCAGAGCUUCAACGUAAAGCAGAUCGUUGCCAUCGUGCGAGCAAAAACCCCACAAGAUGCGCUCAAACGUCUACCCAAGGCAGUUCACCACCACGCUGAGCCCGAGUGCAACGGUGCGCUCGCCAAACUUGUCGUCGUCAACGGUGACUGUGCUCGUCCCAACUUUGGUCUCGACGAAAAAGAGUUUGAAAAGGUCCGCAAGACCGAGAUCGUCAUCCACUGUGCCGGUGAUACCCGCUUCACACUCCCCAUCUCCAAGGCGUUUGAAGCCAUGGCGGAUCUGGCCUACUUUACCGCUCGUUUCUCGCUGCUCACCUGGAAUGUCAAGACUCACAUUCACGUAUCGACCACCUUUGUCGGAUGGUACCUCAACAACGGCUCGCUCGUCUCCGAGACCUUGACCCCUCAGGGGUGUGGAACUCGCGUUGACGAGCAGUCUGAACACGUCAACACUUACUUCCAAGCCAAGACGUAUGCCGAAUCGUGCGUCAACUCGCUCUUCACCUCACAGGUGGGCCGAAAGCUGCACGGAAAGGCGUGCCGUAUCGUUCGAUUGGCCACGCUUGGUCCAGCGAUCGACUUUCCGCGUCCAGCGUGGGGUGCCGGUCAUCCGUCAAGCCCCGUAUGCGCUGCUUUGGCCGCCCAAGUGGUGGACCCCAGCCUGGUGUUCCCCAACGCCGGUCUGGACGUGAUUCCGGUCGACAUUGCCGUCAACCAGAUCCUUGCCAUUACCGCAUCCGCACAUGCACUCCAGAAGCUCCCCACAACGCACCGUCUUCAUCCUAAGAACCCCGCCGCCAUCACAAGCAAGCAUCUCGCCGAAGUGCCGUGUUACCACGUCGCUUGUGGUCGCGGCGACCAAGCUCGAAUCCCUAUGACGCUCCUCAAUGCCGAAAACGUGAAAAUCGAAGAACCUUACAUCCCCACCGCCAACCUGCUCAAAGUGUACGACCCGUUCAUCACAAAGAUUGUCGAAUUCGACGUCGCGCGUACCCGCACCGUGCUCGGUCUUGGCGCGCUCGUUGCCGAUCAAGAGCGCAAAAUCAAUAAGGCGACCAUCGCAGAUUUGCCGCUCAAACAUGCUUCUCUCCAACUCGACAUUAUCAAGUCGAUCCAAGAGCGUUUCGGACAUCAGGACCUUGAGGGCUGGACAGGCUACCUCCAGCAGGUCCGAGACCAGAUGGAGGCUAUGGGCCCUCGCUCCGACUGGGAGACGUUUGUCGACUAG